CACCUGCCAGGAGUCAAACAAACCACCGUUGUGAUCAGAAAAAGAAGAAAGAGAAAAGUAGAGUAGAGGAGGAAAAAACAGACACAGGUCAACAUGGUGAGGCCCCGGCAGCUCUCCGUCGCUCCCCUGCGCCGACCUUCACCCGCGUCCUUGUCUCCGCAGCGUGAGUGUAUCUCCAUCCACAUUGGCCAGGCAGGGUCUCAGAUAGGAAACGCCUGCUGGGAGCUCUUCUGCCUGGAACACGGGAUUCAGCCCGACGGCUUGAUGCCCAGCGACAAGACCAUCGCCGGGGAGGACUCCUUCAACACCUUCUUCAGCGAGACCGGCGCCGGCAAGCACGUGCCCAGAGCCAUCUUCCUGGACCUGGAGCCCACCGUCAUCGACGAAGUUCGCACCGGAACGUACCGGCAGCUCUUCCAUCCCGAGCAGCUGAUCACGGGGAAGGAGGACGCCUCCAACAACUACGCCAGAGGCCACUACACCAUCGGCAAGGAGGUCAUCGACCUUGUGCUGAACAGGACUCGCAAGCUGGCGGACCAGUGCACCGGGCUCCAGGGCUUCCUCAUCUUCCACUCGUUCGGUGGCGGCACUGGCUCCGGCUUCACCUCGCUGCUGAUGGAGCGCCUCUCUGUGGAGUAUGGUAAGAAGAGCAAGCUGGAGUUUGCCGUGUACCCGGCCCCCCAGGUGUCCACCGCCGUGGUGGAGCCCUACAACUCCAUCCUGACCACCCACACCACCCUGGAGCACUCGGAAUGCGCCUUCAUGGCCGACAACGAAGCCAUCUACGACAUCUGCCGGAGAAAUCUGGACAUCGAGCGGCCGACGUACAGCAACCUCAACCGGCUGAUCGGUCAAAUCGUCUCGUCCAUCACCGCCUCGCUGCGCUUUGACGGCGCUCUCAACGUGGACUUGACAGAAUUCCAGACCAACUUGGUUCCCUACCCUCGAAUCCACUUCCCUCUGGCCACGUACGCGCCGGUGAUCUCGGCAGAGAAGGCCUAUCACGAGCAACUGUCAGUCGCCGACAUCACCAACGCCUGCUUCGAGCCGGCCAACCAGAUGGUGAAAUGUGACCCUCGUCACGGUAAGUACAUGGCGUGCUGCAUGCUGUACCGCGGCGACGUGGUGCCCAAGGACGUCAACUCUGCCAUCGCAAACAUCAAAACCAAACGCACCAUCCAGUUUGUGGACUGGUGUCCCACGGGCUUCAAGGUGGGGGUCAACUACCAGCCCCCGACCGUGGUUCCGGGAGGCGACCUGGCCAAGGUGCAGCGGGCCGUCUGCAUGCUGAGCAACACCACCGCCAUCGCCGAGGCCUGGGCCCGACUGGACCACAAGUUCGACCUCAUGUACGCCAAGAGGGCCUUCGUCCACUGGUACGUGGGGGAGGGGAUGGAAGAGGGAGAGUUCACCGAGGCGCGCGAGGACAUGGCCGCUCUGGAGAAGGACUACGAGGAGGUGGGAACCGACAGCGUUGGGGACGAGGGCGAAGACGAGGGAGAGGAAUACUGACGAGGACCCACCGGGGGGUCUGAACGCGACUCGUGUUCCGGGGACUCUCGACGCGAGACACAGGCGUGCGGGGACAGAGGAGCGUAACCUGAGCACCAAAGCCCUGCGACAGAAAAGCAUGCGCUCAAACCAACCACCCGAUCCACGACUUCUCGUGUGACGAGUCAAUUCACGACCAGAAGAAUGAGCAACAGGACUCCAGGGUAGCCACAGUGUCACGGGCUCUGAAGACAGACUCCUCACCGUCGCUCCAUGGGGGUCGGAGGAAGCCAGUGCCACAAACAAGGCUGCCGUCCAGUCAGACACAAGUGGUACGUUGCCUCUGGAUGAGAAACGAGUGCCUGCCUCUGGACGGAUGAUGCUGACAGUCGCCAAGGUUUCUGUCGUCGGACUGUGGCGAGCUGCCAGAGGUCACUUU